GCGCCGCGGCCCCCCCGGGCGGAUCAAUUACCAUGCUUUGAUCCAGGUGAUCUGAAGAAGAUUCUGCUGUUAGGGUCUUGGUUUUCAGCUAAAUACAUCUGGGCCUAACAGCUGCCAUGGAAAUAGGCUGCACAGAGGAGGCAGGCAGAACCAGUGCUCCAUCUGUGGUCUGUAGGCACCUUGAGGGAGGUGACCCCCUGCAGCAGGAGGAGAACGGAGCAGCUGACUGUCUGUCUGAGCGGAGCGAUGCUUCUGCUGCAGCUCAGGAACAACUUCAGCAGCAAGCGCCCCCUGGCAAGCUGAAAAAGACUGCUUUCAAGCUGUUUGGGGGGAAGAGGAGCAUAUGCACCCUACCAAGCUUCUUUGGGGGAAAAACCAAAGGCCAAGGGAAGGGAGCUUCCAAAAAGGGUCUCAGUAAGAGUAAGACGCACGAUGGGAUCAGUGAUGUUGCAUGUGAAGAGGGCAGAGGGGGGCAUUUGGAGGGUCCCUUGGAUGGGGGCACAAGCUCACACCCGUGCCAGCUGCCGAGCUCUCAAAGUGCUCAUACAGCAAUAGAUGCCAGCUUCAGGUUUGAUUUCAGCAGGCGGGAGAGCUCUCCACCAGGGAGCACAGAAAGUUUUGAGAAGAAGUCCAAUGGGGACAAAUCAUUGUCUUUGCCUAGGCCCAAGAAAGGACUGAAGGGGCUUUUUAACAGCAUCCGGCGCCACAGAAAGAACAAAACUGCUGAACCUGAAAAGGCGGGGCCGCAUGAGUGGGUUGUAGAGGUUAGAGAUGGAGAGCAAACCAGCAAAACACGAGGAACAGGAGCUGAACCCCAGCGAGCCUCUGAGGUGGAGAGUCCAAGGGGAGAUCCUCUUUCUGCAGCAUGCACUGGAAACUUGGUGGAAAACUGCUGCCUGGCAUCCAGCCUUAGAGAAGCCACUGAGUCAGAGUGGCUGGUAGCUGAGAAAUGUAGCUUGGAAGGCAACGGAGCAGUAGCGCCUAUGAGCAAAGACUGUGUUCUAGAUAUGAAAUGUGAGGCAGAGGCUAUUGUUUGUGCAGAGCCAGGCUACAGCAGCCUUCCUGAUGUCCUCCAUUCAGAUUACAUAGAAAAUGAUCCCCCAUCUGAACACUCAGGAGAUCAGCUCAGCUUGAUGUUUGGGGAUGUCACUUCCCUUAAAAGUUUCGAUUCUCUCACUGGGUGUGGAGACAUCAUUGCCGAGCCAGAUAUCGAGAGCAUUGCUGAGAGCACGAUCUCUGUGGAGCGCAGCAGAGAUGCUGCCAAAAGGAGUUCAUGUCUUGUCACGUACCAGGGAGGAGGGGAAGAGAUGGCGAUGCCCGAGGAGAUGGAGGAGUACCUCCAUCAGAUGUGGGAAGGAACCGCUGAGGUGGACAGUAGCUAUGAAGCCAGUCUUCCUCAUCUCAUGAACAGUCAUGAGCCACAGGGAGUGAAUAGCAAGCUGGAAGCUCAUGGCUUGUGCAUGGAGGGAGCCCACCCAUACACUGGUGGGGUGGUAGACGAUGUAGAGCUCUUAACACCACAGAGUGACCAGCAAGAAUCUGCCCCUAAUAGCGAUGAGGGUUAUUAUGACUCCACCACACCUGGUCCAGAGGAUGAAGCUGGGGAUGGGCUUGGUGAAGGCAAGAAGGACCGUCUUCCAAGAGACAGUUAUAGCGGUGAUGCACUUUAUGAGUUUUACGAGCCUGAUGACACCUUGAUGAGCCCUUCCCAGGGGGAUGAAUCCUUAUUCGAGGGCAAAGCACCUCAUCCAGACAUCUUCAGCUGCUUCUUAGACUUAACUCUCCCUGCUGAGAAGAACCUGAUGCAACUGGCAGGGCAGAAAAACAGAGUGAUGGAAACUGAGGAAGAGAGGCUGGCUGCCAUUCAGAAAGAGCUGUUGUAUUGGGAGCUUCAGAGGGAACCGGUCUUGAAACGGUUGGACGUUCCAAGCAAAGAUAAAUGUGCCAGGGAAAAGCAAUAUAUUGAAUGUAAAACUAGAGCAGCCAACUUAAUUGGCAAAAAUCAGAGUUGCCUUGGAAGUGAACAAGUUGGUCCUCAAGCCUCAAACAGAAGUGUAAACAGUGGGGUUUCUCUGUCCAGACUUGAAAAUUCAGAGUGGAGGGAUUUUCAAGGGACACUAUAUCCAGAGAAGUAUUGCAAUGGCCAAAAAGCACAAGGAAGUUGCCUUAUUGAGCUCAUGAAAAACAAUUCUGCUUUUGAUUCUGAUCUGGAUCAUACAGUGUUUGAAGGACUUGUCCACAGUGGGUUAGCCCCAACCAAAACGGUGACCUACGCCAGCUACAGAAAACAUGACCAUGAUGGCUGCUUGCAAAAUGAGAACCCCAGUGGUGUGGAAAAUAGCCCCAGAGAGCCCCAGACAGAAAGUGAAUGUGAACCUGAGCAUGCUGUUAACUUUUCUCAAGCUCUGGUGGAGUUCACCAGCAGCGGGACUCUGUUUUCUAGCCUUUCUGAAAGCCUUGGUAGCUCUGACUCUGGUUCUUCCUUUACUCAGAACCUUCCUGUCCUUCCAACCAUGGUCACUUUUGAUAUUGUCGAUGUGGAGCAGGAAGGUGAGGGGGAAUGUGAGCAGCACCUGGAGAUGAACACAGAUGAGGACAUUGCCGCAUCCUUUGAGGCUUUUGAUGACAGCUAUGUGCAGAAGGAGUCCUUUGCUGAAUGUGACGAGAGAAUGUUCCCAGGGUAUCCCCACAGCUCUUUCCAGAGCUGCAACUGGGGAGUAGCCAGCCUUCCCCGUCACCUGCGCCUUCAUGGAUUGAGCCCUUCCAUGCCGGCACCUCUCUCCAUCAACAGAAGGAGCAGGUCGCUUGACACUGAGAGCUUGGAGUUUGAACUUGCAGACUUGCAACUCUCCAAAAAUGGCCUUAAGCCUGGUCAGCUCUGGUCUAAAAGGGACAGCAGCAAAAAGGACUUUGAUGGAUCCCUGCUGAUCAGAAGCAAGGAGAGCACUCCUCCCUCUCCUUCAGAUGGAAGAGAAGCUGAUGGUGUUCUGGCAUGGCCAGCUUUGCAGUGUGUGCAGUACAAUGCUGAGUGUUCCUCUGGUGGGGUGACAGAAUGGGGCUGUGCUCCAGCUAUUGUAGAAAGCAGCUGGGAUACAGCAGAGCAGUCGGAAGUGGAUUCUCCAUUUGUGUCCCUUGCACGGAGCAAUGCCUUGGAGACUCUGGACAGGAGGCCCCAGGAUAUGGAACCCAAUAACCCAAUGCUUCAGUCCCCCAGACACAUGGUCAGGCCAUCCAGUUUACCUCUGCAGAUUGAUACGAGACAGUCCCAAGUGGUAUCUAGCUCCUAUAGGUACCAUGGGGAAAACAUGGCCAAAAAGCUUGCUCGUGUGUUACCUUUGGGAGAAAAAGGGGCUGACUUACCUCAGAGCUUCAGUUUCACUCAGUCCCCUGAGAAACCAGCAAAGUGCAAACCUGUUGGUGUUACUCAAGGAAUACCCCAGCUUCACGACGACAACGCUGAGACCUUAAAACUCCCAGCCUGUUUUGCUGAGCAUUAUGGAAGCCCCAGUGCCGACCUGCUGAAAGGGAGAGCUUCGCAUGGGAACCCGCUGCCCAUUAGCUGUAAAAGCACUGCAGUGAAUGUAACGGUAGCCAAAUAGCCAACAACACGGGGGUGAGGGGGGUAGGGUUUAGGGUUCACUUUUCAGGGAGGGAGAAGGCAAACUUCCAGGAGUGACUUUUAAUUUAGAAUUGGGUCAACAAAGAUGAACUCUUUUCUCUUGCGGCUGAAGUAGGGUGCAGCAAAGUGACAGUGCUGCUAGCACUCUGCACGGCUUUGGGUGCUUUAUUUGUGUUUUGUACAAGCAAGCUCCUAGCUACCACUGAGACACCCUGGUUCAGCAUGUACCACUCUUCGGUUGAAUAUAAUACACAAUGCAGAAUGUAUACUGGUCUCAGUACAUAAUACUGUCACUGCUGGAAUAAAAAUCUGGAAGCAGACAAAUCUUUAGUACAUCAGGCUAGUUUUUGGCAGCUUUUAAUUAAAGGGACACCAUCAGCUUCUAAAAAUCAAAGCUUUUUUCCCCCUGAAUUUUCUUUAAAAUAUGAAGCUGCUUUAACAGAAAAGUAAGAAAGAUGAGUAAUAAAUAAUAUUUUCUGUGUUUAUUUGCUUUGAGCAUUGGGCAGCACAUGAUAUUCUCUGUUUUAUCCACUGUGGAGUCAUUUCUCUCUUAUGUGGCUCUCAUACAGUGAUGAGGAUGAGAGAGGAAAAAUAGGUAGACAUGGUGGUAAAAUCACAGAUCAUCCUAAGACUUGCUUCAUAGACCUGGAAUGACUUAAUUGGAGAUAGUCAAGAAAAGGGAAAUAUAUUCUCUGAAAAUGUCCAUUAAAAGAAAAGGGUGAGGGAGAAUUGGAAUUCUUUUGGCAAGUUUUGAUUUCCUUUCCCAUUCCUUUCCAGUGGAGAAAGGAAAGUAUGGGAGGCGAAGGGAAUUUCAACCAAAAUGAGAAUGUUCAUGUAAAUGUUUUCCUUUUGGUUUAAAAAAUCCUCCAACCCCUCACUCCAACUCCCCCUGCUGUGAGGAGCUUUGAUUUUUUUUUUUCAGCCAGCUCUACUUUUUAUUGACUAGAUUCCAUGUUGAUGAUGUCCCUUUAAGAACAAAAUGUUCACCCAUUUAUUCCUUUUGAAGUGAUCACACUUCAUAGAGUAGAACCUUCCCUGUGUGCAUUCCCUACCCCAGCCUCCUCUCCCCCACCUUAACCUGAAUAUUUGUUUUUUUUAAAUAAGCUAAAUUGACUCAUGCCUGUAGCUGUUUAGUUGCAGAUGCUGUUACUUUUCUUCAAAAGGAAGUUUUGUGUUAGGGAUUUUUAUUUUCUUGCAUAAAUGCAAACAAGGAGAGUAUUCUGUUGAUUGGAAUACGAGGUGUAACACAGCCUAAAUUAGGCUUCAGAAUUUCUCUUCCUCACACCUGGAGGAAAUGAAAAAGCUGGAUAUACUGCCACUCUUCUUCAUCUGUUGUUUUUCUAGGUUUUUUGCUCCUACACCUUGCAGGAAAGGUUGAGGAAUGAAAGCAAGCUGUGGAGAGAUGCACUUUGCUCUGAGGAGGUCUUUGGUUGCAUGGAUGAGAGCUCUCUGAGGCACGUGCUUCAGGCUCUUGGAGCACAGACUCCAAGGAGUCUUCUGUGUCCUUGUCAGUCUUGAAUGACAUGAUUUUGGUUUCGUAAAAUAGAUUUCUCUUCUUCCUAACUGACUUGCUAUGCGUCCCUAUGCUUCUAUCAGUGUUACAUGCUUUGACUUAAUUUGGUUAAUGGUGAACUGCAGAGCAUUUAAAAAUGCCCUUUUCUGCUUCUGACAUGCAAAAAUACUUUCUUUUAAUGGCUUAAAACUAACUGCAGUUUUUUAAAUUGGGUCUUCCUUUGCCUGGAGGCUUUUGCAAAAUGUUUUGGAGGAUCUGAAUAGUGGGGUUACACAGCUGUCACAUUCUCUUGUAUACCAACUUCAUCUGAUACCCGUUUUCAAGCCCUGUAUAGAUGCUGGUCAGAACGGAUAACCUGGCUACAGUUCUUCUGGCCCAUAACUGGAUUACAACCAGGGUUCCGAAUUGCAGUGCAGACUGGGUCUUAACAUUUCUUCCUAACUGGGCUAUAAGUCAGUCCCAUAGUGAUUUAGAGUUGCACUCUUUACUGGCUUAGUGAACAGCUGAGAACAUCUCUGCAAUCAUUGCAUUGGUACUAGUAGUUAGGCAUGAAAUAUAGACUCCCUGGUGAAAGAGGCGCACGAGGGUCUAAUAUGUCAUAUGGAAAAGACACCUUCAUGGGGCUGCUGCUGUGCACAUGUGAAAGAGCACUGAAGGACAGAACAACAGCCGUGCUCUUCUUUGGCUCUUCUCUUUUUUUUUAAAAAAAGCUAAGAACAGAGAACACCUAGUUCUGUAUUUGUAUGUUGUAUUAUAUCUUAAUUCUUCAGUGUUACCGUGUUGGUUGCACUGCUGAGCGUUACCCUCUAGGACCCAUUGUGUCCCAUUCUUCAGUGCACACUGCACAACUAUACAAACCCACUGUAAUAAACAAGAUUGCAUGGGACAAAUUCAACCCUGAGAGUAUGGGCAGACAAAUUAUUACUGCCAGGUUAAAAGGUGCAGGAAUUUACUGUAUGAAGGCCAAGCUCUCUGUUUAGCUUUCUACAAGACAAGAGUAUUCACACUGGUACAGCAAAGCCUCUUUUUUUAUAUCUUGCAGUAAUUAAUUCAUUUGCUGAUGUCCUUAAACUGGCCAUCUGUAACUGAGAGCUUAUUCAUUACUGCACUAAAUCAGUGUCCUUGGUGCGUUACAAUCUGCCAGUCUUACAUGAAAAGGCAAAGAAUUAGCAAAGGGAGCAACCUUGGCUUCAGGCUCAUUCCUUUUCUGAACUGGGAAUAAAAUGCUAUUGAAGGCAGCCUUUAAGUUUUCCUAAAUCGCGGCCUAGAGUAUCAAUCACCAGAAUCUCUAGUAGAAAUGGCACUAACUCCAACAGUUAAAUUUGGGGCACAUUCCAAACCAGAUCGUAACUUCAUAGAACUGAUCCACUUCUUUACCUGCUGUAGGUCACAAAUGAAUUACUGCUAACAAGAGCAAAGAGAAUACAGGCAAGCAUUCCCAAUAGUCACCCUUUUGUCUUGGUUAAAGCAACAGCCUCUUACUGAAUUCUUUUUUUGAGCAUGUCACCAAAGGCAUCUUGUGGGGAUGGGGUUUUGUUUUGUGUUUUUGUUUGUCGAUGAUGUGGCCUUUGCCAAAGUUUGGGUGAAACGUAAGUGUCUCAGUGCUAAAAAGAACGUUCAGUUGCAGAUGCAUGUCUCUAAUAAGCAUUUUGGUUGUAGGUACGUAAUGGGAAGACUUAAUGCAAGCGGUUUCAAUACACUAAUGUGUGAAAGCAGUACAGCUAGGACUUGAUAAUCUGACUUCAUACCAAAGGUUUUCUUCUUAAUGUGAUUUAGACUCUAACAGAGAAAAUACGUGACAUUGAUAUACAUUGACUAAAGUUAUGCACUUCUGAAAUAUGCAAGUGUUAAUUAAUUUGCAGGAUUAUUGAAAUAUUCUGCUCCUUGAGCCCAAAGAUAAAAGAAAAGUAAGGGUUUUUUAAGUCAAAUUGGGAAGAAGGUGUUACACAAUGAGAUCUCCUAACGCUACUAAAAUUUUUGCCCUUGAAGGGAUAAAUAAGACCAGGUUUUCCAUAAUGAUGAUACACUUUUUGAUGUUUCUACUAAAAUCGUAAAAAGGGUCAUGGAUUUUAUUUGAAGGUAAAAAAGCUUGUGGUGGGUGGAAGUGACAAGCAGCAAUUUCUUAAGUGCUAGUUCAUAAAGCAAAUGGCAUUUCUGAACUGAGUUUCAAAUUCUGACUUAUUUCCUUAAUAACCCUUUAAGUUCUGUUGUAAAAGUGAGAGGAAUUAAAUCCAUUAUGGAAUCUCAAGAUCUCCUAUUUCAUUGUGGGUGUGGGAGUCUGCUACAGGUUUUCAGAGUAUGCUUUUGUUCCUGACUUCAUUCAGUGUCAGAGCAGACUAUGGGUAUGAGCUGGUGGGUCUUGCCAUUUUCCUGAGGGAGACCUCUCUAACCGCAGAGUUGAAGCAGUUGGUGGUCCUAUUACAAAUCUGUCUCUCCCCAUCCCCCAUUUUCCAAAGGUUUAAAACCAAUUUACCUUUUUCCUUUCUUCCUCCUUCCCACUUCCAUGAGAAAAGAGAUCUUGGCAUGAUGAGGUAGAUUGAGAAUCAUCCCUUAAACUUAAUUAAUUGGUAGUAUAAUUGAUCACUUAUCAGGCAUAGUGGCCAGUCUUUUAAAGUAAGACUUAAACACUUAAGGAUUUUUUAAUCCAGUUAAUAUUGGUCAAAUGCAUGUCAGAUUGGAGGGAUGGACCCUGUGGGGUACAUCUGCUUUUCUAUGCAUAGGGUCUGCAACAUCCCAAAAAGCUCUUCUGGAGCUUGGGUUUCUGGUGUGGGCUCUUAAACCUACAGCAUUUACCAGUUUGAAUUAAGCCCUUUGGCCAGCACUUUCGACCUGGGUUCCCAGUAAAAUGCAACUUAGUAAGAGUGCUCUGUCUUUUCUGUUAGAGCUGUUAGCAUUCAACACGUUGCAGAAUCAGAAUCUCGUCUUUACCUGGUUAAAUGUGGAGUCACGUUUAGGCACCAAGUUGCUAAGUGUCAGUUUAGGUUUUAGUAAGAGUAGGGUCUACUGAGCCAGUCAUCAACUGUCAGAAGUCAGGAAUUGUCCGGCCAAGGCAUUUAAAAUAGCAGGAUUGUACCAAGCGGUGGCACUUGCACAAAAUGUUUUGCUAUCACAUGGCUAACUAUGGCAGUUUUAAACCACUGACAUUCAGGUCAGACUACCAAGUUGUGCUGUAUUGCAUUUUUAUAUGCAUAUGAAAUGGUCAAUUUUAUCUAUUUUUGUAUAGUUUUGCAUUUUAUAUUCAUGGAGAAAUUUUAUGGACUAUUGUUUUACUUGUGUAUUUUAUGUUAAAAUGGUGCGGUUUACAGUUUCGAUGGAGAAAAAGCAAAUGCUGCUGCUACCACUGCCACCACCUGUGCAAUGAAGAAACCAUCUUGCUUCUAAAAUCUGUGUGUCAUGUGCUAUUCAACUUUAUACUGAGGGCUUAUUCUGAAGAUCAGAAGCCUGCCAACUCCCACACACCUUCUGUGGGUACUACUAAAAUGUUUGUUUAAUACUGGUUUGUCACUCUUGUCAAGUGCUGUCUUAGUUUUGUUUUGAAUCUGGGUUUGUGGGCUGUAUUGAUCACUUUCCAAGCGUAUUGUUGACUAUUUUUUUUAAAUUUAGAAAUCAGGGGGGUUUGUUCUUGUGUAUGUGGGGUUUUUUUCCCUUUGAACCCUUUUAUAGCUGAUUUCUGAAAGGGAAUUCUAUUAAGUAACUGCCUGUCUUGGAGUGGAAAUCAUGUUCUUUGUUGCCCUGUGAUAUUUUAAUUGAAACUGUUGGGAAAAGCUCCUACCAAAGUCUGGUUUCAGUUGGGUCAGUCUUGGGAUUUUGAAUAUUCAUCUGGGGCCUAGUUAGAUGCCUUCAGUGUAGUACUGCUGCUUGCGACCCUCUCCCCUCCGGAAAGGAUAUGAUGGGGUAGCUAGCUGCCAGCUGGUUUACUGCAGAAGAGAGAAAACCACAGAAUAGAGUAAGUAGGUCUUUUCCUCACUGGAGCAAAGCUGCUACUACAGGAAGAGGAGGUGAAGGAGGCAGCAGCUGCUGCACCUACACAGUCCUGUUCUCCCUGCUAGUCUGAGCUGCAAGGAUAUUGCCAGCCCUGCUUUAGACUAUCAGGAAUAAUAAUCUUUGCUGCUUGCUUUUUACCUAGUGCAAAAAGUUUUUCCUGUUCCCUGCUGCUAGAGGGUAGCCUCUUUCAUAUGGUCCCCAAUCAAAAUUGGACUAGAGAGAUUUCCUGACUGCUGCUUCUGCUCUAUCAACUCCUGCACUAGUCUCAUACCUCAGCAGCCCCAGAGGUCUGCUGUCUUCUCAACACUGUUCUAGGAAAACCUUCACCAAUUAUAGUUAGGGACCCACUUCAUUUGCAGUUUUGUGGUUUUCAUGGAAUAUGUGAAAACAACAACAAAAAAAUUAAAAAUAAAAUGCUGUCUCCCAAGUGGAAGCCAGCGGUUCUUGCUGCUGGGAGAGCAAGUGCCGGCUGGUGGGGUAGCAUGACAGCUGCCCCCUUGUCUCCCUGCUGGCACCUUUCUGCCAGUCAGCGCCAAGGGAUGGGAUGACAAAGGGCAGCCAGUAAUCAAGAUGGCAGUCACCCCCUCGUCUCUCCUCACUCCCCCAGGCCCUCUGCCAGUCAGCACCAAAGGGUGAAACCACUGUGAAAUAAUUGGCUGUCCGUGCCAGGUGUGGACCGUAAAAAACCCUUAGUCUUCCUGUGAUUUAAGUAGGCCCCUAAUUAUGGUAACUAUGCUGUUCAUUUUAAGAGCCCCAGAAUCUUUCACUUAGCGGCUGCUCUUAGUUUAAAGGAGCACUGCCAGUAAGUUAGGGCCUGAAAUACGGUUCCUAAUACAUUGUAGGGGAGGGGUGUUGAACUUUACGGCUUUUUGUUUUUAUUGAGGUUUUCUUAUAAGUGCACCCCUGUCAGGUUUUGGAAACCCACUCUCAAGAGCAGCAGAACAGUGUAUGAGGAUCAGAAAGUGAAGCGAGCUUUCGAACAGGAAGUGAAAUUGACUCACUUCUGUUCAGUCUCCAAGCUGAGUGCAAAAGGUGAAGUGGUGAAAGCUAAAUUAUGAAAAAGGGAAAGCAGUGAUUCAGCCACAGAUGCUUGCUGUGCAUGAGGGUUUUUGGUGUCUUUUAAUUAAAUGACUCCUUAAGCAGACAGUGUUCCUUUUUCAUUAUUUUUUUUUUUCUUAAAUGGGUUUUGCUUCUGUUUCUGAAGUGCAAAGUGGGCGGAAAUCUAAUUUGCAAACAUUCCUGGAGUGUUUUGACCAACACUUCAUUUUAACAUUCCCUGAACUUAAUUUUGAAGCUAUGUAAUCUCAUGCAGUUAAGUGUUUGCUGAGAUCACUCUCCUCUGCACUGCUGUACUCUCCUGCAAGUUAGGGAAAGAGAAGACCCAUCAACAUAUCCAAAUAGUCUCCCUGCCAGUGCAGGAUAGUUCCUUCCAAAGCAUCAUUGAGUGCCCUCUUUUCUUUAACAUUCCAGCAAGGUGCCAAGUCACUUGUUCCUUUUCCUUGCAUCCUCCACACUCUCUUCUAUCUCAAUUAGCAGCAAAUAAAUGAACAAAACUCAGCUGGGGUAAAUCUAGGGAUAGAGGGAUGCAUAUGUCCAUUACAGAGAAGUGAACCAUUGGCCAAGUCUUCCUCGGCUCUCCUUGAUGCCACUUGCAGAAUCAAAUCUGUUUCUGCAAAUAAUUUCAGUACAACUUGGAACCUUUGAAGGCUAUGCACAGCUUGAUCCACUCAAGGGCAGUUGGUUUCUCCCUUGCCCCUUUUAGAUAUUUUAGUUGAGUUCACACUUCCUUUUCUUUUUGCGCCUUUCUUGUUCUCAUGGCUACUGGUUCUUAAACUUUUUAAUGUAUUUACUGUGUUUUAAAAUGAAUGUUCCUUUCACUGAAUUCUAAUGAAUAAACUUCAGGUUUCUAGAGAACA